AUGGCUGCUGAUUUAAGAGAUGAGCAGGGCAAUCCGGUUCAACUGACAGAUGAACAAGGCCACCCCGUUAGCCUAACUGAUGAACGUGGCCGCCCGGUUCACAUAACUGGUUUAGCCACCUCGAAACCUCUGUCCCAGCUCGGUCAUGUUGAAGAAGAAGAGCCAGGUCAGGUGCCACCUACUGGGCAAUUGGCUAGUAGUGGUGAGAAAGAUGAGGAUAUAUCCAAGACUACAGGUCAUGAUGAUCGGACCAGAGCCGCCGGGGCCGAUGAAGAUAAGCCUAUAUUAGAAGAGAAGCCGGAAAUUCAUGAGGCUUCUAAGGAGGUUCAGAGGUCUACUAGUUCAAGCUCCAGCUCGACAUCUGAGGACGAUGAGCAAGGAGGAAGAAGGAAGAAGAAGGGAUUGAAAGAGAAGAUAAAAGAGAAAUUUACAGGAGGAAAGCACAAGGACGAGCACGGCCACACCGCCACUACAACCACCACCACCACCACUGGGACCACCACCGGAGAACACCAUGAGAAGAAGAGUAUGAUGGAGAAGAUCAAGGAGAAAUUGCCUGGCCAUCAUAACCACUAAGAAAUUAAUUAUGUGACUAUUGGUGGGUUUGUUUUGUUGAUUAGUUGUAAUGUGUGAAUUUAAUGUUUGAAUUAUCAGUUUGGUGCA